CUUCCUGCGGCGCGUUGCGACAUGGAGGGCGCGAUGGCAGUGCGGGUGACGGCCGCUCAUACGGCAGAAGCCCGGGCCGAAGCCGGGCGGGAGGCGGGCGAGGGCGGGGUGGCGGCGGCGGCGGCCUUGGCCCCCGGCGGCUUCCUGGGCCUCCCGGCGCCUUUCGGCGAGGAAGAUGAGGACGACGUGCACAGAUGUGGCCGCUGUCAGGCAGAGUUCACUGCCUUGGAGGACUUCGUUCAGCACAAGAUGCAGAAGGCCUGCCAGCGGGCCCCUCAGGAGGCCCUGCCUGCUGCCCCUGCUGCUGCAGCCCUGCUGGAGGAGGAGGUGGCAGCGGCAGACACUGAGGAGCCCAUUGCCAUGGCCCACAUCGUGGUGGAGGCAGCCUCCCUGGCCGCAGACAUCAGCCACGCGCCUGGCAUCGUGGGUGGCGGGCACAUCAAGGAGGUCAUCGUAGCGGUCAAGGCGGAGCCGGGGGACCGGGAGAUGGCGGAAGGUCCGGGCAGCCCCUCCCCCCAGGGACCUGGGCUCGCCGGGGAGGCCGAGCAGGCCCAGGUCAAGCUGCUGGUGAACAAGGACGGCCGCUACGUGUGCCUGCUGUGCCACAAGACCUUCAAGACGGGCAGCAUCCUCAAGGCGCACAUGGUCACCCACAGCAGCCGCAAGGACCACACCUGCAAGCUGUGCGGGGCCUCCUUCCGCACCAAGGGCUCGCUCAUCCGGCACCACCGGCGGCACACGGACGAGCGCCCCUAUAAGUGUGCCAAGUGUGGGAAGAGUUUCCGCGAGUCAGGUGCUCUGACGCGGCACCUCAAGUCCCUCACCCCGUGCACGGAGAAGAUCCGCUUCGGCAUGAGCAAGGAUGUGGCUGUCAGCCGAGCGGAUGGGGCUGCAGGGCCCGGCACCUCCAGCGUGGGGACGGUCACGUCGUCCUCGGUGACGGGUGAGUCCGUGGAGAUGUCCCCCGUGAUCCACCUGGUGACGGAUGCCAAGGGCACGGUCAUCCACGAAGUCCACGUCCAGAUGCAGGAGCUGCCCCUGGGCAUGAAAGCUCUGGGCCCAGAGCCCCCUGCUCCCGAGGAGACCCCCGGUACCAGUGAGGGUGGCCGUGAGAACCUGCUGCGCCAGGCCAUGCAGAACUCGGGCAUCGUCCUGGAGCGAGCGGCUGGAGAGGAGGGGACUGCCCUGGCACCAGCUCUUGCCCCUGAGCCCAGCCCCCAGUGCCUGGGAGACAGCCCCCCAGAGUUGCCGCUGCUGGAGCUGGAGCAGGUGGAGACACAGGUGGCUGGCGAGGCGGCAGGUGUGUCCAGGGCCCACCCGUGCCCCCAGUGCAGUGAGGCUUUCCCCACGGCAGCCACUCUGGAGGCCCACACGAGGGGCCACGCAGGGCCGCGGCCGUUCUCGUGCAUGCAGUGCGGCAAGGCCUUCCCCAAGGCCUACCUGCUCAAGAAGCACCUAGUGCACGUUCACGAGCGACGCUUCCGCUGCGGGGACUGCGGAAAGCUCUACAAGACCAUCGCCCACGUCCGUGGGCACCGGCGCGUCCACUCGGAUGAGCGGCCCUACCCCUGCCCCGAGUGUGGCAAGCGCUACAAGACCAAGAACGCCCAGCAGGUGCACUUCCGGACGCACCUGGAGGAGAAGCCGCACGUGUGCCAGUUCUGCAGUCGGGGCUUCCGGGAGAAGGGCUCGCUUGUGCGCCACGUGCGGCACCACACGGGCGAGAAGCCCUUCAAGUGCUACCGCUGUGGCCGCGGCUUCGCAGAGCACGGCACGCUCAACCGACACUGCCGCACCAAAGGAGGCUGCCUGCUGGAGGUGGAGGAGCUGCUGGUGUCUGAGGAGGGCCCCUCGGCCGCUGCCACUGUCCUGGCUGAGGACCCACACACGGUGCUGGUGGAGUUCUCGUCGGUAGUGGCCGACACCCAGGAGUACAUCAUUGAGGCCACUGCGGACGAUGCAGAGACCAGUGAAGCCACGGAGGUCAUCGAGGGCUCCCAGACGGAGGUGAGGACUGGGUGGACAGCCCGCAUCAUGGAGGUGGUGCAGCGGAUCGUGCACCAGGCCGGCGCCGGGCAUCAGAUCAUCGUGCAGAAUGUGACGGUGGACCAGGAGGCAGGGCUCGGGCCCGAGGCAGCCGCCGCUGACACCAUCACCAUCGCCACCCCUGAGAGCCUGACGGAGCAGGUGGCCAUGACUCUGGCCUCAGCCAUCGGCGAGGGCACCGUGCUCACAGCCCGCCCGGGUGCCAGCAGCUCCGAGCAGGCCACCGUGACCAUGGUGUCCUCGGAGGACAUCGAGAUCCUGGAGCACGCGGGCGAGCUGGUCAUUGCCUCGCAGGAGGGCCAGCUGGAGGUGCAGACGGUCCUCGUCUAGCUGGCAGGGCAGCCACAGCGUCCUGCGUGGGCUGGGCCUGGAGGACACAGGGCCCGGAACUCACAGUCAGGGAGAUGUGGGAGGACUUUGUUGUUGCUUUACAAUAAAACCUGAAAACCA